CCGAGCAGAGCUAAAAGAGGUCCGACAGGAGAUACUUGCAGAGCAGCAGGCAUUGGAGGAAGUGAAAAUCAAACGCACUCGGCGUGUCCAGCGACUGAAGAAGAAGCAGGAUCAGCUGGACAGACUUCAGGACGAGGUGGAGAGGACGCAGAAGGAACUGGUCAGAAGUAAUGAUGACCUACACAGGACGAAGGAUGAACUAGACACAAAGCAGACUGAACUGAAUCAAAGAAGAGACGAGAUGGUCGAGAUAAAUGAUGAAGUUUACAAGAAAAAGGAGGAGCUGGAAAAGAAGCGAGAGGAGGUGGACCGGAGGAAGAACGAAUUGGACAAACUGCAGGAGGAAGAGGACACGAAAAGGGAAGAGCUGAUCAAACUGCAAGAAGAAGUUAAGUCCCGCAGAAAGGAGGCGGAAAAACAUUUGAAAGAGAUAAAACUACAGCAAACUGAAGAGCAGGAGGAGCUGAGCAGGAGGAGGGAGGAGAGGAGUAGCAUACAGGAGCAGUGUAAACACCUGGAGGCCAGACGCCGGCACGCCGACAGGAGUUUGUCAGCCGUUGAGCGGAGCUCUCCAAACAGAGGAGGAGCUCAGCCAUCUCAAAGAAGAGUUGGUCAGAGAAACAGCAGCCGCUCAGGAGCAGCUCAACGGUAUGACAUCAUCUCUCACAAUUCAGAUUCUCUUGCUGCCUGA